AUGGCGACACGGGAAGACCCAGGAACCAAGACGCGGGCUCUCCACGGCGCCUCGGUGCUGAUCUUAUUGCAGCUGGUUUCGCGGGCCGUCACGUUUGUCGCGAACCAAGUCCUGCUGCGCUUUCUCACUGCCCAGCUACUUGGCGUGUCGACACAACUUGAGGUGUACUACCUCUCGGUCAUUUUCUUUGCUCGCGAAAGCUUACGGGUGGCUGUACAGAGACAGGACUCGCUUGAUUUCCCCGCCGGCAACAGCAAGAACAGACUAAAAAAAAAUGGAAACCAGUCAACCCAAGCGGUGGUCAACCUUGGGUAUCUCGCGAUCGCCCUUGGUGUUCCCCUGUCGUUCUUGCUAGGUUAUCUUUACCUCAGCUCCGUCAGCGCCAGUACACUGGCAACGGCUCCCAACCUCGCUGUAUCAUUGUACAUCUACGGCCUUGCCGCUAUUACAGAGCUGCUUUCGGAGCCCGCUUUCGUGGUCAUGCAAAACCGCCUACAGUUUGGGACCAGAGCCGCCGCUGAGUCUAUUGCUACCUUUCUACGAUGUGUAGUCACGCUGGGUUCCGCAGUUUGGGGGUCUGACCGCGACUUUGGCGUCCUUCCGUUCGCGUUGGGCCAGUUAAGUUACGGUGCCGGGCUUCUGGCAGUCUACGCUUGGCAUGGCGCUGGACUGGCAAAGAGAGAAAGCUUCUCUCUCUUCCUGCGGCCUAUCCCGGAUCUCCCACCCAAAACCAGUCGAGAAGAGAAGCAAGGCAGCACGAUGUUUAUUAUGUCGUAUUUCUACCAGCCCGCCAUCCAGCUUGCAUCCAGCAUGAUGACACAGAGCGUGGUGAAACACAUUUUGACCCAAGGCGACACGUUUCUCGUCAGUGUCCUCUCCACGCCGACUGCGCAAGGCGUAUACGCCCUCGCAAACAACUAUGGUGGACUCCUUGCCCGGCUCGUCUUCCAGCCCGUCGAGGAAAGCAGCCGCAGUUACUUCAGCCGGAUUCUUGCCCCAUCGACGUCUACCACGGGUACAGCAAUGAUAACCACGGAAACCCACGGACCGGCGGACAAUCUGGAACCCAAAUCUAGACCCGAAGUAACACUCGCGCAAGAAGCAAAUGCCACGCUCCAGUCCCUGCUCAAGUCUUACCUCCUCCUCUCUCUCGCCAUUACUACUCUCGGCCCAACCGCCGCCAGCCCGCUACUUUCCCUUGUCGCAGGCCCCCGAUGGGCCGACUCCGACGCCCCGGCUUGCUUGGCCGCCUAUAUGUGGUACAUCCCUCUGCUCGCCCUCAACGGCGUUGCUGAAGCAUUCGUGGCAUCGGUCGCUACGGGGGCGGAGGUGCAUCGCCAGAGCGCUUGGAUGGGCGUGUUCACGCUGGUGUUUGGCGCGGCUGGGUUCAUCCUUCUGCGAGUGCUAGAGUGGGGCGCUAUUGGAUUAGUGGUGGCCAAUGGGAUCAACAUGGCGUGCCGAAUCGUUUGGUGCGGUGUGUUUAUUCGGCGGCAUUUUGCACAAAAGGGUGUUGGGUUUGAACUGCUGGGCGUGCUGCCCUCAGCGGGAUCGAUGUUGGCCGGGGCGGUGGCGUCUCAACUCGUUAAACAAAUCGUCGCUUCAGGGGCACAGGGCAAUGCAAAAGCGGCGUUGAUAGAGCUAGUCAAGCUGACAGCCGUCGCGGUGCCGUUUGUCGUUGCGGUCGCGUUCUUCGAGAGAAAGUUUAUAUUCGCCACAUAUCAGGCCAUUCGUGGACGAGGCAAAUCCAUUUCUUGA